AGCGCUCCUCUGGAAGCUUCCUAACAACCAUAUGCAGCAACAUUCGGUGGCCUCGACUGAAUGCAAUCGCACAGGAAAUGACGAUGUCUAUGGCUGUAUUCGACUGCCGGCAAGCGUUGCAUGUAGGGACUUGUCGCGAGACCAAGACAGCAUUGGCGACGAUGCAGUUGCUUGCUGCCAUCCCUCGAUAAUUGACAGUGAACUGAUCUCAGAGCGACCACAUCAUCUAUGAGCACACAGGCUUGACCCAGCAUUCUGCUCAAGCAUGGGUCCUCGAAUCCUGACGCUUGGCCACAUGGCCAAGGCCAUCAAGACGGAGCGUAAGGAAGAAACCACUGACCCUGAAAUGCUUCUACCAGGACAGAUGCGGCUUUACAGUUACUACAGGCCUGGACUGGUGGCAGGUUCCUACAUGGUAGAGGCAAAACAGACUAUAACAACAUUUUCCACCCCAGAGGUUGGAGUCUCUUCUCUAGAUGUCUGGAACACUACAGUAGGAGAUACCACCAAUGCUCUUGCUGGGCAGACAUUCAAUGUGGUGGUACCCAGGUUCACUCUGGACCCAGCUAUUAUCAACAGUUAUUAUCCACCAGACGGGCACCAAGAUGAGGGCCGUAUCCUACCUCACAUUGUCCUGAAUGACCCUCACUAUCCAUGGGAAGUCGCAGCCGGGAAUACGGGUGACAAUAUGCGCGAACCAGUGGAUUUACAGCAUAUCCCCAAGCAAGAUGGGACAGCGGAGAGACGAUAUCGUGGCCUUGUUCCUUGGGUGGCACUGUUGGUAUUUGAUCCUGCAGAAUUACGGUUGACUGCAGAUGAAGGAAAGCCUCUGCUAAAGCCCACAGGCUUGACGCCGGAUUUUAACAAGCAAGAUCCUAAAGGUGUCUUUCGAAUGAAAGUGUCCGAUUAUUUCAAUAUUGAUCAGUCAUCAAGAAUCAAUUUUGAGGCUGGAAUUGACAAUUUCAGUGGUAUCAGAACCACGGAGGGCAACGUGGAUGUCAUCUUUCCAACAAAGGCACAGUUUCUACAGAUCUUCCAGAACGCUGCAGAUACGGAUACGAACAAACUCGGGGUCGAAGCGUUCAAGUACAUGUCUCAUGUUCGGCACAUCUUAACUGAUGGCAUUCCUGAUGCUGGUGUUGAGGAACAUGGUCUCUUCUCAAUUGUGAUAUCACCCCGGACGGGUGCAUACAAUAUCACGACUCCGACGACCCAAAUCUGCCAUCUUGUAUCAAUUGAGAACGUCGAUUCGACACUUUCCACAAGCUGGCUAACCAAAGAUCCUGUGGUUGACCGUAUUGGGAUGAUCUCACUAUUCUCCUGGAUCUACACGGCCUUGCCUCCUAAUCCCGUCAAUUUCGUGGACACGGUUCGUAAUCUGACCGAAAAUCAGCAAAUGUUGACAGUGGACCAGAACGUCUUACAAGAUCUAAGCAAACAAGCGUUGGCCACAUCGCCAGCUUGGAAUGCUACAAUUUCGAGGCUGGAUUCUGGGUAUACCUUGGCCAGAUGGCGAACCCAGACAGGAGAAUGCACUGUAGCAUUCAACAGAGGACCACUUGUGCCUCAACCUGUCCCGUGGCCAGGGACUGCGACAACAGCCAUUGGGACAGCCUCUCGGCUUGCAGACACCAUCGACUCAUCGAACACAUCUCAAGACUACCAAAUCCUCGACCAACAGACAGGCAUAAUGGACGUCUCAUACGCGUCAGCUUGGCAGGUCGGCAAACUCCUGGCAAUAUCAGACACGGUGUUUAGUGCUGCCCUUAUGCGUUUUCGCUCUCUAGUGCACAACGCCACGACACAGAAGACCCUUAUGGAAGUGAACAACGUGCUACCUAUACAUAUGAUCCUAGCUUCGACAUCACAGCGGGUUGCAGAUGUCAAAAGCCGCUCUAUCAAGUCCGCUGUCGACCCUCAGCGCGUAAAGCCAGUUGCAAAGAAUUCCCCAACUGUCGACCUCCACUCACCGUCAAACCUCCCAAAAUUUGCGAAGAAUGUCCAUGAUGUGGUGGGGACUCAUGCAGGUUCCGGCGAAGACCCUAUCUACAACGACUUCAACGAAGCUGGAGCCAACAACAGCGACUGGGCCAUCAUUCAUACAUGGUUAUGUGAUAAGCUUCAUCUCGGAGGCAUACCGAACCACUACCUGUUCCCAGAGCCUGCAUUUUUACCUUCCGAAUCUCUUCGAUUCUUCUACAUUGAUAACUUUUGGUUGGAUUGUCUAAUAGACGGGGCACUGUCGGUCGCGAAUCACCUUGAUGUUGACGACGAUAUUAUCCGUCGGACGAUAAAACAAUGGUUCAACCUGUACCUAAGGACCCCCGUGCCGGACGCAAACUAUGCCCCACAGAUACCCUGCUAUGGCUUUGUCAUUCGGUCAAAGCUCAUUCAAGCCAUGCCCGAUCUUCGCAUCACUGUGACCUGGACUCCUGCUCCUGGGGUUUCUGAGACCAUUGUCGACAAAAGAGCUACCGUUUGUCGGUGGACGCGGAUCGACAACGAGACUUUGAUGUGCCUCCUGGACAGACAACCCGAAGAACUUGCUUCAAUUGUGCUAGCGCAACCUCCCCAUCAACAACGUUUCAGCUUCGGGGCCUACCUCGAUGCAGAAGCCGUGACAUUUCAUAUGCGCACACUAUACACGCAGGGUGCGCCUACUGGCGAAUGGCGGGAGAAAUACCUUGAUCCCAAGCAGUAUCCAGUCAACUCCUGGUUCAAUUUCGAAUCUCGGAUGCUCCACAUUCAAGUUAUGGCCGAUCAACUCAACAAAGCAUUACGUUUCGGACCACAAGCUCAGAAGGAUGCCACUUCGCCAGGUUAUGCAGACACGCAGUCCAACUCUUGUGAGUUUGGACUAGAGUUGAACGACCCAAGCUAUUACUUCAAAAUCACCCCUACGAAGAAUGCAACGUUCACUCAGAGGGUGAGACAACUUUAUGUCCGAGAACGCACCAAGACCGAUUACCAAGAGCCCACUGAAGUCAGUACGACUAAGCGUGUCUUGUUGACGGCGAAGGAUGAACCCAACCCACCUCCUCCAGCAGCGUUGCAUCUACAGGAAGCGAAGAAGCCCACGGCAACGGCGGCGUCAAAGCCUUCGCCAACCCUACACGUCCCGCGUGGGCCCAGCAAACAGCUCAAGAUUCAGCCUACAAACCUUUCCCGCCGCUCUCCUCCUACUGCUUCAGGCACCACCCUGCACGCCUUCUCUCGAUCUUCCAUCUCGGCAAAUUUCGACAUCUACAUAUACCCCGACCAUCACCAGGUCCCCGAACGCCUAGCAGUAGCCCACGGCUUCCGCACCUAUAACUCGAACGAUUUCAUCCCCACCCUAAACCAAUACUUCUUUGACUUGAUCUUCAGCAUCCGCAAGCGGGAUUCCGUCGACGUGCAGAUCAAGAAUCCAGACGGAUCCAUCAAACACGAUGGUACGACCGCGAAACUCCUCAAAAUCGAAGUCGACAUUCCCAUGGAGACGGCCUUAUCCGCUCUUCCAGGAGGUCCUCCGCUAGUCUCGUCCCAAUCGUCUGCAGGCGUGGCAGGGCAUAAGAAUGUGGAGCCUCUGCUAACAGAUAAUUAUGACGGACCGGGUGUACACAUGCUCUCGAAUCAACGGUUUGUACCAUUCCUCUUCUACCAUGUCACCCCUGACAUGGGUUCAACGCUGCAUAUUGAACUCAUUCCGCGCUCCAAGGCGCUCUUGGACCCGAAUGGCAACAGCAAUUUCGUUAUCCGGAUUAAUAACUCCAAGACCGAUGAGAUUAGCUUCAGUCUGGGCGAGGCAAACAUAUGUCCGAUCAGAACCAAGACGCAGGAGCUAAUUGAUGGAAUACCGAAAGAUGCUGAUCAUGGACGAGGGGAAUGUGCGGUGGCUAUGACCGAGUGGUAUUCGACCACUGCCAGGCCGGAGGGCGAGCCUGCGCGAACGCAGUAUUCAGUGUUGAAAUGGGAUACGAGAGAUGAUUAGAGAGUUCCUACCUGAGAAUAUUUAGUCACAACUUGGUCUGAUGACGAGUGGAGAUGAGAUUGACAAGACGAGGUGGACGACACGAUGUUCUUGCUCCGAUAUACCGCCAGGCCUCUUCCGGCAUAUUUAGCGGACAACUUCAUCUGAUUGGUCCUUGAAUUCGUAAGGCUGUCACCCCUUUUACUUUCCCCACAAACUUAUCCACUGGAUAUACCGACGGUGUGGCGAGAUACUUUCAGGCUUACCCGUCUGCUGUGC